AUCUCUGUUUCAUACCUUGUUUUCUAUCUGUGUUAACAUCUGUGGUUUAUUAUUGCAGUGUGUUCCAGUUAAGUUCUGUUUUGUUCGUCGAGAGGUGAUCAAGAGUGGAAAUGAAUUUCAAUGGAGAAACAGGAAAGUUUAUUUUGGAUAGUGCACGCCAAGCUAGUCCAAGGCUAGAUCAUACACCAUCGCCAUCUCCUACAAAACCAGCAACACCGGUUGGGGGCAGUAAUGCAGCAGCAGGUGAAGAGACUAGCUUGCUGUCUCGUGCUCGCUUGCAAGCUCUGGUUCGUGAAACUGAUCCGUCUGAACAGUUAGAUGAAGAUGUGGAAGAUAUGCUGCUUGUUCUCGCUGACCAGUUUGUUGAGGAAGCUGUUGUGGCAGCAUGCAAAUUAGCAAAACAUCGCAAGGCAAACACUGUAGAACCUCGUGAUGUGAUGCUUCCAUUAGAAAGGCACUGGAAUGGUUGGCUUCCAGGAUGUGCAGGUGAUGAAAUACGACCUGCACGACGUAAUCCAGUUGUGGAAGCUCACCGACAAAGGUUGUCCUUAAUGCGAAAGGCCAUGAAGAAAUACUAAUGAAGCAUAUACUGUGCUUUUAAUGGGUCUUGUAAUACUUAUUAUUUUGGCUACAUGCCAGUUCAGUGAAACUAUUGCUUUAUUUCGAAUGGACAAAGUAGUUUACUCAGACUUGUGGGCACAAGUACUCAGACUUGUGGGCACAAGUACUGAUUAUUGUAUUGGCAUGUUUCAGUUAACUCAACGACAUACUGUUUUUGCUGACACACUCUUGCAGUUGAAGACUGCAUGGUGAUGCCUUCAACAUUUUCUGAACUGAAAUAUUUACCAAAGACAUUAUAGUUCCUAAGAAACACUAAAUCUUUGCUAAGCGCCCAGAAUGCUGGAUGAUUUAGGACUUUGUUCUGAACCAACUAUCUGAUCUCAAAAUUUCUUCUUCUACCUCCUUUCAUCCCCCACAUCUACUUUCUCACUCCAAAUUUUGUCAUGAGCCAGAAUAGUUACGGCGCUCUUACUCUUGUGGAGCGCAGACAAAAUUUAGUUAACAGUAUUUUUCAUCUGUGUGUUGUUUCCAUUCAGCAUAUGAUCUGAUUUGAUCUGUCGUAUGAAUUUACACAGCUGAAAUAUUAGUAAUAUUAGGGGUACUGGGCAGUCAGUUUAAACUAUCAGUUUAUGAAUAUAUAUAUAUGUUUUAUAGCUCUGGCUGUGUGAGUAAAUUGUAUUAAAUAACUAAAUGUCACAGUUACCAUUUAAAAACAUUUAUAUUGUGUGUGAUACGCUUUGUAAUUCCAUGUAAAUUGAGAAGAA